CACAAGCCUCAAGAUGUGUGGAGUAAAAGUGCAUCACCGCUUGAAUUAUUCCCAAUGAUGAGUAAAACGUUAAAAUUCAUCUCUCACAUCUAAAUUUCAAUGACACUGUUAUUUUCAAUCAAUCAGAGAAUUUAUUUUUGUAAUAAAAUUGCAAAACAGUCAAUUCAACUCGCAUUCGGCUCUCGUCGGCUCUAUUCUGUUGACAGUGGAAAUCACGGUAAAGUGUAGAGAGCAAAGCACAAAACCCCAUUGUUGUGUUCAUUGGAGUCUCGUGAGAGUGCGAAUGUCUCUUGGGAAAGUUUAUUUCAAUGAGUGAAAUUGUGAGAGAGGAAAAUGAUUCGAGUGGUGAAAUUUGUUAAUAGUGAUUUUUAAGGGCUUUGGGGGAAGGAUUGAGGGUCAGCCGGGAACUGAUAGCUUCCAUGAGCUCGUGGGCAUCUUAGAGAAGGUCCAGAGGCACUGACGGAGAUUGGAAAAUGGAUAUUUCGAGUGGAAUUUCUAGAAACGCCGGUCCGGGGCUGUACGAAUUCCUCAUGGAGGCUGAACUGCAGCAGUACUACGCAGGAAUUCGAGGUGACCUGAAGGUUCAAACAACAGCCCAACUAAAGUACGUAACAGAAGAGGACUUAAACGCGAUCGGGAUGUCAAAACCGGAGAUGCGUCGCCUAAAGAAGUACUUCCAGAAGUACUUUCCCCAGAACUACCUCUCAAAAUUCAAGAAAAUGCUCCUCUCAAAGCGUGAGGAGCCGCCCUCAGGGGCGCUGGCCAUUCUCCCCGAAGAGAAGCAAGAUAAACCCCCGAUAAAAGUCCCCAACAAGCAUAUGAUCCCAGCGGACGCAAUAAUAGUGAACAAGGAGCUGGGGAUGGGGGAGUUUGGGGUUGUCCAGCAGGGCGUCUGGACGAACGACGGAGAGAGGAUUCAAGUGGCCAUAAAGUGUCUCUCCCGAGAGCGAAUGCAGAAUAAUCCCAUUGAAUUUCUCAAAGAAGCUGCGAUUAUGCAUGCUAUUGAUCACGAACACAUCGUACGCUUGUACGGUGUGGUGCUAGACACAAACUCUCUAAUGCUAGUCACCGAAUUAGCGCCACUUCGCUCGCUAUUAGAAUGCCUGAAAGAGCCUAGUUUACGAGGCAGCUUUCCCGUUCUGUCUCUGUGCGACUUUUCAAUUCAAAUAUCGGACGGUAUGCAGUAUCUAGAGGCCAAAAGACUGAUCCAUCGAGACCUGGCAGCCCGGAACAUCCUGGUGUUCUCUAAGAAUAAGGUAAAGAUCUCCGACUUCGGGUUGUCCCGAGCCCUAGGAGUCGGCAAGGACUACUACCAAACGAACUUCAACGUGAACCUGAAGCUCCCCAUCGCCUGGUGUGCCCCAGAGUGCAUCUCCUACCUGAAAUUCACGUCGGCAAGUGACGUCUGGGCGUACGGAGUGACCCUCUGGGAGAUGUUCAGUUACGGCUUCCAGCCUUGGGCCGCGCUGACGGGUCACCAGAUCCUGGAGGCAAUCGACGAGCCCAAUUUCCAACGCCUGGAGCAACCGGACUGCUGCCCCAAGGACUACUUCUCCCUGAUGCUCCAGUGCUGGCAGCACGAGCCCGCCAAACGCCCCAAGUUCUCUGAACUCAUCAAUCUCCUCCCUGACCUGAAGCCCGAACAGGUGCAGGCAGUGCAGGACAGCGGGGAGAUUGGCCAGUUGUCCUACAGACAGGGGGACAUAAUCACAGUCCUCGAUAAGGGAAGCAACAAUAUCCUCUGGAAGGGAGUUCUCCCCAGUGGCAAGACUGGUCUCUUCAAUCCUGCGCACACAAUAGCUUAUCUGGGGUCUAACCUGCCCAGCAACAAGCCUGGGGAGUUCUCCAGGGGGGAUGGGAAGAACGCCUUCUCCUCGCAGAGGAGGAAGAUUCGCACUGACAUGAUCUCUUCACCUCAGGGGGAUCUCAAGCACACGGGGCACGUUGGACUCGAUGGCGCUUACUUCGGGGACAUCAGUUUCCUCGGGGGAAAGUAUCCGCAUCUGCCGAGGCAGGUGGUGACUCCUUACAAACCACAUGAGGAUGUGCCUGACAACUCGAGCCAGAUUUUCAAUCAGGAUGGGAGGGAGGGGAGGGACGUCAGGGAGGGAAGGGAGUGCUGGAGCGAGAUGGGGAGGAAUAGCAGGGGGCAGGAGGCCAAGCAUGAGAAUGUCUGGGAGGGGAACGACGUGGUGAUGGGGAAUGGCGGGAAGGCCAAGGCCGGCGGGAAGAGGGGCGUGGAGGGCCUGCCUGCUGACCAUGAGUAUCAUGAGAUCAGCGAUGAGGAGAACCAGGACAGCCCACUGAGGUUUGAUAAGCCACUGAACUUCGACUUUGGACCCAGUCUGCUGGAUGAGAUGGACCAGAUGUUCAGGUCGUUAGGAACUUCACCACCACCACCACCACCUCCAGGCCAUCCAGGGUCUACCGAUCAUGAGGCCAGUAAUGCUAGAAAUGAAUUGAGGGAAAUCCAAGCCAAACAGAGCUCCAAAAAGAAACAAGCCACCGUGAGUCCUAUAAAUGUGAAACCAAUAUCUGCCGCUGAUCAGAAAACAUUGUACUCGGCGAUAGCAAUGGCGCAGGAAUUGACAGCUCGUUCAAUGUCGGAUCUUGAGCAUCCACCAGAAUCACCACGCACACCAGUAAGCCCCUCAAGACGCAGAAAAUUCAGUUUUAAGUUGCCACAUCAACACAGUCCCAAACCCGAUAGGCGACACUUUUCCGAGGAAGCUGCCAGUAUACCUGACAUCCAGGCAACACUCUCGGACGAAGCUAAGGAGGUGUACAACAGUCUGGUGGAGACACAAGUCCUCGAGAAUACGACUGAUACGAAUCCCUUGAGAAUGCUUAGAUCUGGAUUGCCAAUGGUCCGUUCAAAAUUGCGCACUAGUCGUCAGUCAAGUUUCAGUAGUAGUUUGUCACCAUCUGAAGAGAUUGUUGACUCCAACUUCUCGUGUGAUUUUAAUCAUGUGGGAUCGACGACCCUGCCGAAGAUAAGGACGCCACUGCCACCGAAUGUGCCGUUGAUGGGGACAUCUAGGUCACUGGAGAGACACAGCUCAGCUAUUGGGAUUGAGAACAAUCAGAAUCAUAAUAAUGUGGACGAGAAUCCGAUUCCGCUGCCCCCGAGGGACAGAUCGAAAACGCUGCAGCCCAAGUCGAGUCUUCCUAGACAUCAGCGAAAGCAUCCGCUCAUCAUCCCUGGGGAUGGGGUGACACGGACUCUGGCGAAGAUGGCGGUCAACGCGGCGAUGGAGGACCAGGUGGAUGGACCUUCUGCGAGCUGCGAGCAGCCGGGGCUGCGGGCGGGAGAGGCGAGCACUUCGGAAGCCGCUCCAAACAGUCCCGACGAGUUCGAGAGACGAAUAGCCUCCGACCUGGCAGCCCUGGACAGCCUUCCCCCCGAGCCCUCAUCGAAUCGUCUCCACCGUUGCAGCGUCAUCUCCGAGGAUCUCCUCGAGUUCUCCGAGAACCUGAUAGAUUGCGACUCCAAAGAAUCCCAAAACUCCUCCCUGGAAUCCCAAAAAACCCCACAGGACUCUCCCACAUCUUCCCGCCAACCUAUUUUCAAGGAAAUCCAAUCAGAGUCUUCGAAGCUGUCGUACGACGAUGCAAAAGAGCCAAAAGAGUCUUUCCAAAAUUCUCAAGUGCCAGUUCUAAAAUUAAAUAAAAACGAGGGGAUAUCAGACGUUGACAGCAGAAGAGCUAGAACGAGUGAUUUAUCUAGGCAAUCGGAUCACGUUUCGUGUGAAGAUCUCCUGGAAUUCGCUUGCGAUGGGCCGAACGCUCGAAGAACUCGAGGCCCUCACAAUGGCGAACAGUCGGACGAGGUGCGGAUUAUGCUGAAGGUCCUGCACGAUCAAUCAACCCCUGAGUCCUGUGUAGCUGCCCUCAAUGUCACUGAUUGGGAUGUUCUGGCGGCUAUCAAGCUGGAGCGUCUUCAGGGCCUGUUGAAGAAGGAGAAUCACUUCGUCGGGCUUGAGGACUGCAAAGUCAUGUUGAGCCAGUGCGGAGGGGAUGUGGUGAAGGCUGCUGCGUUGUUGAGGAAUACUGAGGACACUGCCUCGGUUUAGGAAGGUCAACAGGUGGAUUCAGGUGAAAUGAUGUACGUGGAGAGACGAAAGUUUUUGUUUCCAGGGAUAUAUUUCCAAUUUUCCAUUGAGCGUCUGAAAGGCGAAUGGAGUAGAAUCUCUAAAAUUUAGGAUUAAAAUUUGCAGAAAUUCGCAUUUUUAUGUGCGAAAUAUAUUUAGAUGAAUGUCUCAAUAUUUUUCGCUAGGCGCUCGACUCAGAUGCGAAAGGUUCCCAGUUCGAAUCCCGAGGGGAGAUCUGACUAGUCAAGUCUUGAUCAGUCGAACGGAAAAAACCUUGUGGGCUGCAUGUGGAAGAGGGGGAAUAAAAUUAUCUUAAUUCUUUCUCCUGAUCAAGCAGACCAAUAGAUGGACGGUUAGGGUGCUUCCUCAGUUUGUUAUAUGGAAACAGACGACGAUGUACAAAAAAUGCGAAAUUUUGAGGAAAAAUUCUUGAAAUGGGGAGAAAUAUGGCGCAAGGAGUCCAAACACAAUUGUCUGUUCAUUUUUUUUUGUUAAAAAAAUCUGUGGGUGCGUAAUUUUACGGGGAUACGUCUAUGGUCUUCACAUCCAAAAUUUCUGAUCUACAAAUUUUAUCUACUUCGUGCAAUAAUAACUCGGUGUAUUGCCGAUCAGCGCUAAGGAUUCCUUAAAAUUGUAAUUUAUUCCAAAAAAAAUGGAGAAUGUUAUAGAAUUUUCUAGAAAAAUCUGGAAUGUUCUGGAAUUCCGAUAGAUGGCGCCACUGCCGAUAAGGAACCAUAAGGACUUUUUCCCUAGAUGCCUCCCCUCUCCAUAAUAGAAACGGACGUAUUCACGUCAAAAGGGUUAAAUAUAUCAUAUUAUUCCCACUUUGACCCCAAAAUUAGACUCAGGAAAUACCUUAAGGGGGCGUCGAGGUUCGUUGAGAGAUGAAAAAUAAUUGAACCAUCUCAAUAAACGAACGAUGGAAAUGGAAUUAUUUAAAGGGGAAACAAUGAAGGAAUAAAAAAAGUUACGCAUUAUUAUUGAUAUUAAAAACUGAAAUUAGUACAAUUCCCAUGAUAUUAUUUAUAGAAUAUUCAAAGAAAGUUGAAACCGUCAUCUUGCGGUCGGUGUCUAUCUAUUGAUCUUCUUGCUUAAUCCCGGAGAUUUUUUCGAAAUCUUAUCGGAGAAAGUUUGGACACACAAUUGUGUGGAAAAUGAAAUUUUCCACGAAAAAGCCCCUUUUACAUUUUCCCUCAGGACACGCAUGAAGUUGAAACUCGAUGUUAAGGCAUCGAUGAAAAAUUUAUGAAGGAUCGUCAAGAUAUUGUGAGAUGGGAAUAGAGAGACUAGAUUUAAUUCAGAAUUGUUUCUCCUCUCUGGACCAGACAUCCUCACAAAAUGAAAAUAGUCUUCACUCUAAACCAUUUUCGUAGUUUUAGGGCAAUUAUAUUCCUGUUGCUGAAGUUUCUAUCAUUUAUUAUGCAUUUUUGAGUGUCUUCUGAUUUUUUUUCUCACAGAAAUGAAAAUUACGGAGGAAAAUUCAAUUGACAGUAGCCUGAUAGUAAUUUAUUUUCUUUUGCGAUGCAAGGGGAGAAGUUUUUUAUACGAGGUACUAAACGUUGGUACUGCUUUUGGUACGUGUUUAAACGAAAUGUUAUAUACCAAUGAAUGAAAAAAAAAUCUAUAAACUGGUGAAUAUGUAUUGAAUUUAUUUGCAAAGUGUAUAGAGUCUAUGCGAUUUAUUAAUUAUCAUAUUUAAAAAUAUAUCUUUGGUAUAUUGAUGUCUCUGGUAAGCUUUACACGAAAAAUUUUAUAUGAAAUGAAAUUUACAAUUCUAUGUAUCAAUAGGGAUUAAGGAAAUUUUUUAAAGUUUUUUCAGGACCAUAAUCACCGAUGAAUGAAGACUGUACUGCGAUUAAAUCCAAUAGGGCCAUAAUUUAUGAUUGAUAGAAUAAAAAUGUCAUUUGUAAUUUACCA